CAAAACGUUUUAUGAUCUUCGCUCUCAAAGCCAUCGUAAACUUUUUAAUUGACUAUUUCAUCCCUUUUAGAAAUUGCAUUUCCUUCUUCCAAACUCCCAAUGAGCUUUGAGUUAAAUAGUGUUGUAUCUUGUUUUAUCUCAAAAUUAACUGAUGAAUGUGCGACGAGUAGGCGAAACAAACCAGUUAGACUCCGUCAUCACUAGGAAAACACGGCGUGAUUGGCAGUUAGGGUUCAUGUCAAUGUAGGCUAUUCAAAAAGAGGGCAAAAGGUACGACAUCAGGAUCUUGUGGUUCUCUUGAUAAUAAAGGGUCUCUCUCUCUUUCUCUCUCGGCUGUUGCGCUCUUUCCCUCUCUGUAAAUGCUUUCGUCUGUUCAAAUUCCAUAGUCGCCUAGCCGGCUGCACUUACUUUCAUACGCUAUAAACGUUGGCUGAAUCUGAAAAUGCAAUUUUGAUGGUAAGAACGUUCUAAUGUGCUUCUGAGGAAUACAAGGGCGACUCGACACUGUUUCAAGAUAGACAAAGGUGUCCUCACACGCGUAUCACAAUGGAUCUCUCAUUUAUGGCUGCGCAGGCAAGCCUAAUGGAGUAGAAGAGAAGUUCAUCUUUGUUUAAAGACGACUGAUAUUCUUCCGUUUCUUCGGUCAUGGCGGGGGCCUUCAUGGACUCGCCCAAUGAUGACGACAGCACGGACCACUCACUUUUCAACUCCUCGGCCAGCGUCCACGCCGCCUCUAUGGCGGCCCAUGACCAGCCGGAGCGGGAGCCCAUGUCCCGCGACGCCAUCUGGCUUUGGAUUGCAAUCACCGCCACCAUAGGGAACAUUGUGGUCGUGGGAGUGGUGUACGCUUUCACUUUCUGAGUGGAGGAAGCCAUGAUGGAGACAUGCCAGCAGGAGGAAGCUUCUGGACAAGACAUUUGGACAUGCGCUAGGAACACCACAGCAGCCAACGGCCACUCUCAAAGGCUACACUGUUACAGAGCAGUGAAUGAUUCUUGCAUUGGCAUCUUGUCCAAGCAUUUGAAAGACAAGGCAUUGUUCACAAUUACAGAAAUUAAUAUGUGUAAUAUGUUGGUCAUGUUACUGCAGCCAAAGGUCAAAAUAUGGAAUAUUGUAUACAUUAGUGCUGUUGACUACCGGUAUACAUGAAGAUGUUAACAUUUCUGAUGAAGCUUUAAAUAGUGAACAGUGAUGUACUCUGAAUACCAUCAGAUGUCAUUGGUCAAAUCUGAAAUCAUUGGGCGUAAAAUAUUCAGAUAAUAAAACCUUAGUAACGUGCCGUUUGGAGCGUUUAGAGAUCAUUGUAUAGAAAGUAACACUGGUAAGUUUUUAACAUGUCUUUAACAUCACAGUCGUUACUGUAUUCUACAUCUAUCUGCCCGAAAUAUGAGGUUUAUGACGAACUUACUAGACACAGAAUGUCUAAAGAUCUUUACUGUCUUCAUGACAAUAUAGUUCACCUGACAGUAUCAGUUUUGGAUCAAGUUAAUCUAGUUCUCCGCUUUUCUCCUCUUUUUUUGCCUAAGUGAGCCUUGAGUGCUGAAUAGACAAUCUUUUCCCAGCAUAUUUAUAUUUAAGAUGGUAAGGGUAACCUAAAUCUAUUUCUCUUAAACACCCCUAUCAGACCUCAAACCCAUAUGAGCGGGAACUACAAUUUAUAGGAAUGGAUGUUCACCUUGAACACUUUUCACAGAUGUUUACAUGUGGAAACAACAUUCCUCACACUUAGAAGUCACUUGGAUUCAAGUCUAGUGUACAUACAUCUUGAUGUGACUGCUGUAACCAUUUCAAUGUCGGUCUUGAUGUAUAUUUUGAUCGAGUAUUAUCUUUCUUCCUCUUUAUAGUCUCAAAACACAUUGUAACCCAAACUGCCUUCCAAGCCAAAUAGUUUUAAUGAGCCCUGGAUGCGACAAUAGCCAGUUGCCAUAGCGAUGCAUCUCUGUCGCUAUGUGCCUCAAGGAUACCAUGUCUCUCGUUCCCAGUGCAGCACACCUGUUUAUCUCUCUCUAAACUCCCUAGCACAUCUACCUAACAGACACACACACACACACACAUGUGGACAUCGAUCACAUUAUACAUUAGCUGAUACUCUAUAACAUUAAGAGUCAACUUAGAUACCAUAAAUUGAAUGAUACUCUACACAUAUGAGCUUUAGUUUUCUACUGCUGGUUGCCCUUAGAUACCAUAGAGCAGGGCUCACCAACCCUGUUCCUGGAGAGCUACCCUCCUAGGUGUUCUCUCCAACCCUGUUCCUGAAGAGCUACCCUCCUGUAGGUGUUCUCUCCAACCCUGUUCCUGGAGAGCUACCCUCCUAGGUGUUCUCUCCAACCCUGUUCCUGGAGAGCUACCCUCCUAGGUGUUCUCUCCAACCCUGUUCCUGAAGAGCUACCCUCCUGUAGGUGUUCUCUCCAACCCUGUUCCUGGAGAGCUACCCUCCUGUAGGUGUUCUCUCCAACCCUGUUCCUGGAGAGCUACCCUCCUGUAGGUGUUAUCUCCAACCCUGUUCCUGGAGAGCUACCCUCCUAGGUGUUCUCUCCAACCCUGUUCCUGGAGAGCUACCCUCCUAGGUGUUCUCUCCAACCCUGUUCCUGGAGAGCUACCCUCCUAGGUGUUCUCUCCAACCCUGUUCCUGGAGAGCUACCCUCCUAGGUGUUCUCUCCAACCCUGUUCCUGGAGAGCUAUCCUUUUCAUUCCAACCCUAAUGGUUUUCAUUCCAACCCUAAUAUAGCUCACUUGAAUCUAAUAAUUCGCUGGUUGAUGAGCUGAAUCCGGUUAGUUACAACUGGGGUUGCAGCAAAACUACGGGAGUGUAGCUUGGGUUGGAGAGAACACCUACAAGAGGGUAGCUCUCCAGGAACAGGGUUGGAGAGAACACCUAGAGGAGGGUAGCUCUCCAGGAACAGGGUUGGAGAGCUCUGCUCUUCACACAUUGUGUUUACCCCGGAGAGCCAGAAUAGUUGUCUACUGCUUUUACUGUGUGCCCUUGGUGCACAUUGGUGUCAGCGGUGGGAUUCAGAGACAGUUACCAGACAGAGGGCAUCCACACCUCCAAACCCCAAAGUCACUCUCUAAAUUGCAGCAGCCCCUUUAAGUGUAGCGUUGAGACUGGGAGGCUAAAUCUCUGAUGUGUCUCUGCCUCACCGUAGAGCAGACCCCAGGAGGUCAAACACACAACAUUAAUACAGUCACAGUUUGUGAAUAGUCAAUGUCUGCUUUUCAAAUGGCACCCUAUUCCCCAAAUAACACACUGUGGGCCCUGGUCAAAAGUAGUGCACUAUGUAGGGAAUAGGGCGCCAUUUGGGAUGCUGACAUUGGUUUGACUGUGACGGCAGGGACGGUCACCGCGUGAUGUAGUCCUGGGAUAGGGAAUACAAUCUCCUUAUGAUUAUAAUGGAUGAGACCUUCGAUCCAUAUGGUUUGGUGUGAUAAGUUGGUCUGUUAUUAACGUUGAUUAAUCGAUCAUUAACAGAGAGAUGGAUGACUUGUUGGAGCGGUCUUAAUGAUAUGCUGAUUAAGAAAUCUCUCUUACUUUUUCUGGAGAAGUAUGAUUUUUUUCUAAUGAGAUUGAGCUCAAUUAAAUAUAUAUAUAUAUAUAUAUAUAAUUUAAUUUAAUUUGGGCGUAGAUGGAUUUUAUCUGAAAUCAGAUAUUAACCCCAUUCUAGAUUAUUCAUAUAAAAUCGUCCAAACAGCAAACUAUUUCAAGACAAUAACUCUGAAGACUUAUACAUGGAUGUUUGAGUACGCUCUGCAUACUCAGAGCAGUUGAUUAUGACGUUGUUCCAGUUCAUUAACUAAGUAUUCAAGGUCUUACUGAAAAUACCAUUUGUAAAGAUAGAUGGUGUGAUAAUCUACAUUGUUCUUCACUUGCACUGUAACUAUGGUUUUUUGUAUCAGUUAUUAAGUAUGUACUAUUAAAAUGUAGUUUGGUAAAUGUCA